GAUCAGUGAUCACAAAGACAGUCAGAAACAUAACGCAUUCUAUCUGGAGGCUGAGAGGACCUGCACUCAGACUGUCUCUCUUCUGUCCUCCAGAAAUGGACCUGCCGGGAGCACUGUGAAAAGUCCAGAAUAGUUACAAAGCAUUCACUGACUCCAGAGAAGAUCUUCAAGUUUCAGUCCAUGUGUUGAAGUAUUUACUCAGCUGCACAACGUGAAUCCUUAUAACCAAACACAAGGACGUUUGCUUACAUUUGCCACUAAUGAUUUCUGGAACACCUGAAUGUAAUUGAAAUCCAAUGGAGGGGUUUUAGCACAGCUAAUCCCAUAUGUGCCAGCUGACAUAACCACUGGUAAAAUGCCCUUUUUGGAAUGUAUGUUGUUAUCCAAGUUUGAAUACAACUAUCCUGUCUGGAAUGCAAUCAUAGUCUAAAAACUGCUUAACCUCCACUGGAAGCAAUGGUCAUCUGCUGAAGGUGGACAAACCUGCGGUUCUGUUCUAUACAUAUAUUUACUACUGGGACAUCGUCAUUGUUGGGUACAGUACUGUAUCUCCACUGGGACUCCUUGGUGGUGUGUUACUUGUUGUCACCAUGGAGAAAGAAAAGAAAAGCAGCUUCUUGGGAUUGGGAAGAUUCUUCCCCAAGAACGAAAGAGGAGGUAGCGGGUCCACCAAGAAUCUCAGCACAAAUAGGACACAUGAUGAGGCAGGGGAGAGGUCACCAUCAAUGGAGUUAUCUACAUCAGGAGAUGUACCUUCACCAGGGGAGCAGACACCAUCUGAGAUCAAAAAGAGGUCCUUUGGGAGUUGGAGAAGCAAAAAGAGAAGAAGCAAAGAUUCAGGAUCCGCAUCCCCUACUUCAUCCCCUGGACCGUCAGAGUCCAGUGACAGAUCCUUUGAAAUUCCAGAUGGUGAUAACGAGCUGAAACCAUAUUCAAUCACUGUAAUUUCAAAAGUAGAAUCUCAAGAAAUAUCUAUCAAGCAGAAGGAGCCACAAAAUAUUUUACAAGAAAGUAUGGACAAGUCUAAGGCACAGGCUGCAGAGUCGCUUAAAAGAGACACCACAAGAAAACCCGUCUUGAGUAAAUUUGGAAGUCUAUUUAAUUCAAGUAAGAAGAGGCAGAUCAAAGGUCAGCCGGAGUCUCCAACAAGUCCCACUAACGAAAGGACGGUGCUUCCUUCCAGAGCAAGUGAAAAGGAGCCCGUGCGGGAAAAAAAGAAACAUUUUCAGGUUUCAGGGUCUUCUGACUCCAAAGAGCAAAAACAGCCAAGCGUAGCUGCCAAUUUAAAUAAUUCAUCUGAUGAAACCUCAAAGGAGUCAGCAUUACUGACCAUCGAAGGUAAAACAGAGAGCACCAAUGGUAAAAGUGACAACGGAGUGCAUGAAAGUGGCCCUUUUUUAACUGAAGUACCCAGUUCUCCGGAUAGCCCUGCUGGUAUCCCUGAUUUAGGCUCAAACGUUAACCUAAAGCCCAUACGAAGCCCCACAUCCAAAACUGCAGAGAAACACGGCAGUGCAGACAGAAAUGUGAGACCACUAGUGCCAUCACCAGGCAGGAAACAUUCUGAGGGGGAAGCAACUAGGGCCAGCUGCAGAAGACUCCAAGUGUUUUCUCCAGAAAUCACUCUUAAUAAAGAAGAAUCACCAAAAACCUUGUCGAAGAGAACUACCAAAUUUUCCAGUAAAUUAACAGACUCAAAACAGAGAAUACCAGACAAACCGGUUCAGCCAUUGGAUAAUACUGAGACAUCAAACACUACAAAGUUGGCAUCACAAGCUGCCUCAGACAGUAAAACAAAACGGUUGGAGUUGUCUCCUGAUUUGAGUAACAAUUUAGAUAAAGUCCAUGCCACAGACAAUAACUCUCCUGAUGAGAUUUCAUCUGUGAAGAAUAUUUCCAGAGGAGCACAACAGGAAAAACAAAAGCCUAAUGGGUCUCAUGAGAGCACGGAUAAUGCAAAGGUGAUAACAUUUGAUAUCUAUCUGAGCAAAACGUCUGAGACAAGUUCUACAACUUCGCAGGAGGGUUAUAGUAUUAACGGAGGACCAAUGGAGAAGAGCCCAGGCAACAGGAGAAACAGUAAGAAGAGAAGGUCUCUAAAAUCACAAAGUAGUCAGAAUGAGGAUAAAAAGACUGAAUGUGUUUCCCCCCAGGACCAAGUCAGUGACAAUGAUUUUACCUUUGAAGGAGUGACAGAAAAUUCAACCACUCCAGAGCCUACAACUUACGCUGUCCCUUUGUCACCUGAAGCUAACGGCAAUUCACCAGCCAACCAAGACUCGAAGGCGGGAGCUAAUCACAAAUUGUCGCCCAAAGGUGAAUCAGACAAAGAUAAACAGCAACACCCAGUCUCCAACCCUCUGAGAAGAAAAAGGGAAAAUCAGUCUGCCACCGUUCCCGUUUCUCCAACAGCUCGCAAGGCACAGACUAGAGAUUCUCUGUUUAGAAAUCAGCCAGCAGCAGCUGCCAAAGCUGCUGAAGGUAACCAGCCAGUUCUUGUUUCCACAACAAAAGACUCUGACGUGGAGAAAGUAUGCGCGCCUGGAUCGUUGGAUGGAAAAGGUGGGGAGGGCUGUGUGGCAAGCUCGUGUGAGAUUUCCGAGGAAUGCACCUCUCUGGCUGCAGGUGCUCUCCCCGAGGACAGGAGCACACACAGCAAGACGCAGGUGGACAUUCCGAUCCAAUCAUCUCCUGACCUGGAUGUGCCAAAACUCAAAACCUUUGUCAAGGAAAGCUCCAGAUCCACAGUGACCUCCAAACUCAAUAUCCCUCUCAAGCUGAAGAACGUGGAAUUACCCCUCAAACCCAAGGUUGCUGACAGCACAGAAAGCAUACCUGCACCAGAACCACACACUCAGAAGGGGAAUAUUGCUAACAAAAUAUCCUUGUUUGAGAGUAAAAAAACAAGCAGGCAGAUUGAUUUCUAUGCGACAAAGAACAUUUCACAGCCUAAGAAAUUUGUUGAAAGAGCAAAACUCAACAUUGGGAAACAGUCAAGGGGACCUGUCCAAAGAUUCUACAGUUCACCAAAUAAGCCGAGCAGUGAUCUGAAACUUUCUGAAAAUAUCAAGUCUGAAAAUGCUCCUUCCGAAGUAAAAGCAGAAAAAGACACUUCUCAAACAGAGUUCACCAAAAACAAGGUAGAACAUACAGAAAACGAUAUUACAGGGUCGCUGAUGGAUGACCUUAAACAAGAUUUGAAUACAGUAGUUGUACCAAAUGCUGAAAAAUCAGAGAGUGGUGUGCCUCCAAUAAAGACGGAGAGCUGUAUCCAAAUAAACAAUGAAAGCUUUGCCGCCAAAUCUUUUGAGGGAACAAAAAGCAAUGUGCAGUUAAGUGAAAACAAUACUGAAAACUGUGACACAUUAUCCACGGUUAAUACCACGGAUGGUUUGUUAAAAAAUCCCACCGUUAAUUUUGUUGAAGACCCAGCUUCAUUUUCAAACAGUGACACUUCAGAAAUAUCUAAAUCUCAUCCAGUCAUGGGAAAUGUAAAUCCAAAGCAAGGAAGAUCAAGUGAACCUCAAUCCAAAGCAGAUAGUAAAAACCUUUCUAAAGAUUAUCAAGUGGUGUCCCCAGACCAUGUGGACUCACCUCUUCCAGCCACAUCAACGUCAGCAACAGAGCAAGCUCAAGGCAGAGAUGACAAUGAAUCACAGAUAGCACAAUCCACGCAUGGCAAAGACAAAUCCUGGACACAUGAAACUAAAUCUCAAAAGAAGAAAUAUCUAGCAAAAGAGGCAACAAAUAGUGUAACCAAAAAAGGUAAACACACAAACAAUACAAAAUCAGACUUGGGUCAGAAUAAGGUUGAGAAACAAAGUUCUUUGAAUAGUGAAGAAAGCACAGAUCAUUUAAAAGAUACAAAACAAUUACCUGAAACAGAGACUACACAGUAUGGUGAAGAAGAUACCCAAGGAAAACAGUUCUUGCAAACUCUUCCUACUCAUGAGGGGCCUUUAUUGAACAACCAAGAAAGCAUUAACAUAUCACUUGAUGGCCCUUCAAAGUCCACUGGAGAACUUAAUUUACCUGGCAAAAACUCUGGUACAGAGGAAGCAUUGCUCACUGAAGGUAUAUGUGCAUUAUCUAUUAUUGAAGACAGUGGUUCGGCAAAACAGGAAGAUACAUUAUUUAAGGCCAAUAGCAAAGAAAGCAUACAGGAUCCUGAAAGGACAGCAGAGAGUGAGGAGAGGUCCUCAGUUGUUAUGGCACGUAUCAAUGGAAGUGGUUCAGUUUCAGACAGAACAAAUUCUCUUUCACCAGAGAAGAAUAAAGCAGGUGAUCUUAAUGCAAAUGAUACUGCUUCUUGUACAGAUCACACAGUUCUAAGUGGUGGAAAAAGCUUGGAUGCAGAGGAAGCAUUGCUAACUGAAGGGGCACAUGCAUCAUCUACUAUUGAAAACAGUGGUGGGAUGAAAGAGGAAGGAACAUUAUUUAUGACCAAUGGCAAAGAAAGUGUACAGGAACCUGAAGGGAAAACAGAGAGUAAGGAGAGCUCCCCGGUUAUCUCAGCAAGUAUUAAUGAAAGUGGUUCAGUUUCAGACAGAACUAAUUCUCUUUCACCAGAGAAGAAUAAAGCAGGUGAUAUUAAUGCAAAUGAAACGACCUGCUGUGCAGAUCAUACAGUUCUGAGUGAUGGUGUAGACACAUUACAAAAUACUAUCGAAGAGAAUGGAUUUAAUAAGGCUUCCUCGUCUGACGAUACUGAAAAGCCAGCUGGGCAUAUUGUGAAUAGUGAUGUAAAUGAAUGUGAGGUUGAACAUGGUUUUGAAAUCAAUGCAAAACAGGACGGUUAUUCCCAGAAUUCACACGAGCUACCAUCUAGAGUUGAAGGGCCAGGCUUUAAAGAGUCUGAUCCUUGUAUAAGCAUAGAAAACUCUAAUACGGCUUCAGCUAUGGAACCCCAGGUUCUGAAAGUCCUUCAGGACGCUGCUGUUAAACAACACUCAGAGGAGAAUUGUCCAAUAAAUAUUAGCAGCAAUGGAAGCAACGGUGAAGCUGUACAAAAUACAAGAAAAGCACUAAGUGAAGGUGAUCAGGGAGAUGUGACUACAAGAGCUCUGCUGUUUCAGACUGUAAAUCACAACACUGACAACUCUACACAUUAUAACGACAGCCCCGAAAAUCUUGGGCAGCAUUUCACAGAUCAAGAAGGAACUCUAGAAACCAGCUUGAAUACUUCCGUAGCAAGCGAUGAUAGCAUUUUAGAUUCCUCUUCAGACAUGGAGAAAUUUGCUGAAACAAUCAGAAAGUUAGACAGUCCAAUUACAUUGCCACAGAAGAGAAAAAAGCCAAGGGCUCCAAAAUCUCCAGGUCCAUUCUACGGUCUGCCCCCUAUAAGGGAAGAUUAUUUGGAGAAAAUACUAGAUACAGAAUCAUUCUCGUUUGGUCUUGGUAAGAAAGACAGGGCAAAAGACCUGGCACCUAUGUCACUGUUUAAACUGCAAAGCAGAGAAACGGCGGAGAAAAAGAUGCCUAAGCGGGCAUCUGCUGAACAAAGCCUGCUUUUGAAAUCACUGAAAUUGCCUAGAGAACCAUUUUCGAUACCACAGGAAACAUGUGACAAUGAAACCACAGAUGUUUCGGAUUUAGAAGUCAAGAGAUCUCGCAUAGACUCCAUAUACUCCAGUCUGAAGUCGCCACUUGCAGGCAAUUCGGAAGAGAAGGUGUUUUCACCUUCUGUAACUACAGUCAGCACAAUCAAUACCUCGUUUACCACGCCCCAGAAGGAAUGCGCUCCGCCAGGAAAAAACGUUGAACCUACAAUGACAGACUCUGCAAAGACAGCUCGACUUGCUGUGAAUGAACAUACAAAAGACCUCACUGACUCAAACGGACCAGUAGAGCCAGGCAACUCGAACAGCCUUCACACAGAUACGACUAAGCUGCCGCUCAACACUCACGGAGACAACAUGGAAAACCAAGUGGAAACAAAGAAUGUUUUACAAGCAAGUCUCCAGCUGUCAGAAAUACGUCUGUCUGAUCAAGAAGACUUUCCAGAUGCAAAUUUAUCUACACUGAAUGGGAACGGUAUGGCUCUGCCUCCUUUUGAAAGCACUCCAAAUUUUGAUCAUCUGGUGGGCAACGGCAUUCCUGAGGACCUACCUGAAAUAUUUUAUUUUGGUGGCCAAAAUACAAGUAACGUGCUCCCAGUCCUUGGCACAACGGGGAUCCCUGGGCAGGGUGUGCAGAAAAUCAACCCCAGACCUGGAAAGGUAGUGAUCCUGACCGAAGCAGAGUAUGGAGGCACAGUACUGGAAGUGUAUACGGACGUGGCGGAUUGCACCGCAUGGGAGCUGUCACCCACCAUAUUGGUCAAAACUAUAAGAGGAUGUUGGAUACUUUAUGAGUAUCCUAACUUCCAAGGAAGGUCCAUCGCAUUGGAAGAGGGCGACUUGGAAAUCAGCAACCCUUGGGGAGAAGAUUCGCAGACAGAAAACAACGCCCCUUCACCGACUGUUAUCGGGUCUCUUCGGCAUGUCGUAAAGGAUUAUAGGGUUUGUCAGAUCGACCUGUUUACAGAGCCAGGAGGUUUAGGAGUUAUGACAUCAUAUUUUGAUGACACUGAAGAGUUACAAGUUUACGGGAGGCUGCAGAGAACAUGUUCCCUGAAAGUGCACUGGGGAGUAUGGUUGAUUUAUGAAGAACCCGGGUUCCAAGGCAUACCUUAUAUCCUAGAACCUGGAGAAUAUCCAGAUCUUUCAUUUUGGAAUACCCACGAAGCAUUCAUUGGAUCAAUGAGGCCAUUGAAAAUGGGAAGCCGCAAAGUUGAAAUUCCUUACGAACCAAAGAUUGCUAUUUACGAGAAGCCAAUGUUUGAAGGCAGAUGUGUGGAGUUCGACAAGGAGAUCUUAAAACUUGAAGAGCUUGGAAAUCAAGAAGACAGUGGAGAGGAAGGGGCAUUGCCUUUUACCACAGUCGGGUCCAUGAGGGUUUUCAGUGGAUUGUGGGUUGGUUAUGAGAAACCAGGAUUUGAAGGCCAUCAGUAUUUGCUGGAAGAAGGGGACUAUGAAGAAUGGACACAGUGGGGUGGCUUCGAUGGAUUACUGCAGUCGCUACGGCCAAUUCUAUCAGACUUCUCAGCACCACACAUGACAAUGUACAGCGAAAAGGACUUAGAUGAGAAAGGUCCGAAUAUCAACGUUCUUGGAAUAAUUUCAAACAUGGAGGAGACAGGUUAUGGAGUGAGGACACAGUCUAUCAACGUUCUCAGUGGAGUGUGGGUGGCCUACGAAACCCCUGACUUCACAGGAGAGCAAUACAUACUGGAAAAGGGGGUGUUUCGCAACUCCAGUGACUGGGGGGCAAAGAAUUGCAAGAUUUCUUCUGUUCAACCAAUUGUGCUGGACACAAUUGAAAACCCCAGAGGAGCAUUUAAGGUUGAAUUGUUUUCAGAACCAGAUUUUAAAGGCCAGAGCCUAGUAUUUGAUGAAGAUACAAAGAACAUCGAUGACUCCUUCACAUCCAAGUCUUGCAAAGUUGUUUCAGGCAGGUGGGCUGUAUAUGACAAGGAGGAGUUCUCAGGGAAUCUCUGGGUACUAGAAGAAGGAAGCUUCCCCAACUUGUGCUCAAUGGGUUGUAAACACGAUACAACUAUACGAUCUGUGAAGAUCAUAAACUAUGAGUUUUCAGAUCCUAGCAUAGUACUUUAUGGAAAAGAAAACUUCAAAGGAAGAAAAGUAAAACUCACCACCGACACCAUAAACAUACAGGCCAUGGGAUAUUCCCCGGAUCUGGUGUCUCUUGAGGUCCUUGGGGGCAUAUGGGUACUUUAUGAAUACAGCAACUACAGAGGUCGCCAGGCAUAUGUGUUACCAGGCAAGGUAGCACAAUGGAACCAGUUCAAUGACUGGGAUAGAGUAGGUUCAUUACGUCCACUUCGACAGAAACGAUUGUACUUUAAGCUACGGAAUAAGGCCAGCGGGAUGCUCAUGUCCACAAACGGCACUCUGGACGAUAUAAAACUUCUGAGGAUUCAAGUGAUGGAGGACACAGGAGCUGAAGAUCAAAUAUGGGUUUACCAAGAUGGAACAUUACGAUGCCGGAUUGCUGAAGAUUGCAGCCUUGCGACAUCUGGAAGCCUGGUUACUGCUGGCAGCAAGCUUGGCUUGGCUCUGGAGCAGACAGGAGCAAGCAUGCUCUGGAGCAUCAGCCCUGACAGCAGGAUCUACUGUUGCUCAAAGCCAAACCUUGUUUUAGACAUCAAAGGGGGUAACCAGUACGAUCAGCAGCAUGUAGUUCUGAACCCUGUUACAGAGGGAAAGCUCAGCCAGUUGUGGGAAAUCUGCGUCCUGUAACAGAAGUCCACAGACUGGAGUCUGGAGCGCUCUUGCACUGGAGAUAUGCACUGUCAAUACAAUUUCUCAUACCGCCAUCAACAACCAGUCACACUGCUCACUUCUGCGGCAGUCAUCACACUGGAACUUUUACUGCACAGCUAAACAUUUUGUUAAGUGAUACCUGAUGUCAGGACGGACAACAUACUUAGGAUGUUUUCAUUGUAAAUUAUAUUUGGUCUUUAAAACUUACACCUAUGUCAACAGGUAUGCGUACAUCACGGAAAUCAUUUCUCCCGUCACCUUUUGGGUGUAUCAGCCUAAAUCUACUUCAAUUUGGAAUAUAUUUCUAUAAAAUGUCUACAUCUGCAAAGACUGAGAUUGUUGAAAUGGACAUACCCUGCAGACUGCUUCUAAAGAGCCAUUUCUACAGUUACCUUCCUAAAGUGACUAUUGUACCACCGUGCCUAUGGAAAAACAACACAAAGCAACAGUAUUUGUGAUCCCUGGACUGUGAGGGGGAUGUCUGGACCCACAAGUAUUUACGUAUGCUGCUGGAGCCACCUAGUGGUGGAACACUGCAUAUUCGCUGUACAGUCUUCUCAUUCGCUUGGGAUAUUGGUGGCUACAUAACUUUCCUCCAGAGUAUAUGUAAUUAUUACAUAUAUUGUAUUGUUUGACAGAUUUCUUUAUCUUGGACAGCCCCUGGCUUGCUAAAACUUACAUAGAAUAUAUACGGGUUUACCUGGAGUGAUUUUAAUUAAGCACGUCACCAACAUUAGAGCCCUAAAUUGUUUACCAAUUCCCAUGUAGCACAUGGGAAAAGUGGGGACACCCCCAUGUACACCUAAUCUAUUUGGUUGGAGGUCUCAGGAUGCACUGUUGGUGUGUUUAGCACCUUACAUAGUUGAAUGCACUACUACAGGGAUACUUCAGGGAUGUACCCAAAUAGUGGUAAAAUGGAAAUAUUUUUAAAAGUGCCUGUUAUUUUUUAUGAUUCCAAAGCUGAUACAUGUGCUUUAUACAGCUGCAGUCAGAGAGUCACCUUCUGCUUACUGUGUCGGAGACAUAUAAGAGUUUAUACGUAAAAGGGAUUUUAAAAAAAGUGGUCUGAUCAUCAUAUCAGUCAUUCCAUUGGUUGUGAUGGUGAUCACAUGACUUUUCAGGAUCCCUUUUUUUUAUUUUUACCUAACCCUGCAUAUUGAAAAACAAAACACCAUGUACAUGGGAACCAACAGCUGUAUUUUAGGAAAGAUGGAGAAAUAGUUUGUUUCUAUGUAUAACUUAUGUAAAAAAGAUGAUAUAUCUUGCCCAGAGAACAUUUAUAGUUAGGAAUUGGCUGUUCAGAUAAGCUAAUUCUGUGGUUUUCUUUCUCCAUUACGUUUGUGGAUGUUUUUUCUUACAAACUUGUUUUAGAAAUAAAUGUGUGAAAUACA